UGCACUUGUAUAUGAUAGUGACACUAAUAUAACAUAUGAAUAUGUUUAAUACUGAGAUCUUUCUUCCUAUUUUACCAACUACUCUGACAAGAGUUACCAAAACUUAAUGAAUCUUUGUCUCUUACUUUAUGUUGUUUGUCUCAUGCUUUGAAUUUUGAAGUUUUUUCACUUCUCUCAAUUUUAACUUAAAUAAACUGUUGGAAAACAUGGUAGAGAGGACAAAAUAAUGUACAGAAUAAUUUGUGUAGUAGGGAAGUUUUAGAUUACUUACACCAUGACAUAAAUGAAAAUAACUUUCUAACAAAAUUGACCUAACUUAUUAACUGUGUUAAGGCAAUAAUAGUAAUAACCAAAGUGGUUAUAAAUUGAAUGCUAUUUUCAAUGAUGAAACCAGACUAAACUAUAUCACUUUAAUUCACCUUUGUUUCUUCAAAACUUUGGCUUGUUCUAGUUUUCAUUCUUAAUUUUUAGAUUGUUUUUAUACAGUUAUUACUAUGAGUAGUGAGGAUCUGAAGAAAACUGGUUCUGUUGGCCAUGAGAAAGUGUUAGCAGUAUCACUCUCACAAGAGCAACAGGCAAAGAUCAUUGAGGUGAGAAAGAUGAUAGGAACAUUAUCAGAAAAGGAAUCUGUGUAUUGUACUGAUGCAUCGAUUUCAAGGUACUUAAAAUCGCAAAGUUGGAAUGUCAAAAAAGCAUCUCAAAUGUUGAAGCAAAGCUUAAAAUGGAGACGGGAGUAUAAACCGGAAGAGAUUCGCUGGGACGAUGUUUCUAAUGAAGCGAAGAUAGGGAAAAUGCAUAGAGCAAAUUAUUGUGACAAGUAUGGAAGACCGGUGAUUGUAAUGAGAACGGAUCGCCAGAAUUCGAAGUUGUUGACAGAAGAGAUUAAGCAUUUUGUUUACUGCAUGGAGAAUGCAGUUUUGAAUCUACCACCUCUCCAGGAACAGGUGGUAUGGCUGGUUGAUUUUCAUGGUUUCAAUUUAUCGAAUGUAUCAUUCAAGAUGACACGCGAAAUUAGCCAUAUAUUGCAAAAAUAUUAUCCACAGCGCCUCGGAUUGGCAGUCAUGUAUGAUGCACCUGGGAUUUUCCAGCCAUUCUUCGCGAUGGUAAAGGUUUUGCUAGAGUCUGAGAGUUACAAAAAGGUAAAGUUUGUUUAUUCGAACGACCAAAACACAAAGAAGAUUAUGGAGGGUUUGUUCGAUAUGGAUCAACUUGAACCUGCGUUUGGUGGGAACGACGACACAGAAUUUGAUAUGAAUAAAUAUGCUAAGAGAAUGAAAGAGGAAGAUAACAAGAUGCGCUCCUUCUGGACACGGGCAAACUCUCUAUCAUUGUUCUCACACAAUAUUCCUUCUUCUGAUUCAACUGAGUCAGAAGCAGAUUCUGAUGCUUCCAACAACGAGAAAACACUCGGUUCCUCUGCUCCUAACCCUGAUCAACGUAUCUUGGUUAAUCAUGUCGACAAAAAAACCAUGAUAUCAGAAUGAGAUAUUACUUGCAGCAUGAGUUAUAUGCUAUUCUAUUUCUAGUUUGAAACCUACAUUUAAGAAACAUGGUGUAUACUUUAUCUUGGAUUUGUUAUGAUAAAUGACUUUACCUUGUAACUUUGAAGCUUUUGACAUUUAAAAAUAAAAGACAGAAUACAUACUUGCAUUCAACAGAA